GUUCCUAUAUAAUUUGUGCUUCAUCUGCCAUGCGGACAACUAAUACAUGACUGUCUAUAUCUCUGCCCUAUGGACGGAUAUGUAUCUAACACUGCUGGGCUUUCAGUAUCUUUGUACUGUCCGGGAAUCGGUUAUUGGGCUAUCGUACGUACGUAUAGUUAGUAUCACUCUUCUGUAUGAGCCAGGUUAUCGAUAUGCUAUAGUGCCAGAAAAUAGACACACAGACACACACUCCCGCAGAUGCAUGCCAAUAAAUCAUAAAUCAUAACCUAGAGGGAAUCACCUGCCGGUUGUUUGUCGUGUGUUAGGUAUGACUUGGGGGCGGAGCAUGCGAGGGACAAAGAGAGGUAUGCAGCCAGAGAGAGAGAGGAUGUCAUUCGAAAGUCCAAAGAGAGAAAAGUUGCUGAGGUUAAGGCUAGGAAUCUGAUAAAGCAGCAGAUAGCGGAUGACCGCAGAGCCAGACAGUCGCGAGGGAAGCCUCUUCUCUCUCCUCCAGCCACCGGCACCGACAGGUAGCUUGGCCAGCGUGGCAGGAGGAGGGGAAGAGAAAGCCACUAGUGCAUCAGGAGCAAAGAGCCAUGCCUCUUCGAGUUCUACAUGUAGACUGCAGAUUCGUCUUCCGAAUGGGAAAGUUCUUCGUCCCUCUCUGCCGGCCAGUGCUCCUCUGUCAGAAGUGGCUCAGUUUGUCAUCUCCUCUCACCCCAGCCUCUCUACUGUCACCCUCGUACAGGGAUAGACCAGACUGUUGACGAUCCUAACAUCCUUAUCAGUGAUCCAGAGCAGACCUUCUUCAAGGAAAUCAUUGGGUUCAGAGAUGAUGACAUUCAGCAUGCUUUUGACGACGCUCUCAAAUUCUUUAAUGACAGAUACGGUCUCGACUUCUCCCUCUCUCAACCGAAUGAGCAAAGUGUGCAUGUCCUUGGAAAUGCAACACUGAGUCUGUUUCGAAUGGUAGAAAAUGUCCACUACCUGCUGGUGUUGAACAACUGGAUUCAAACUGGAAACACUCGUACAAUGUGUCAGGACAUUCAAUUCGGAGGGUAUCUUGUCACCUUCACCUUCACGGCAGCUAUGGAGGGGUGGAUGGGAUACCAGUUGUAGUGGGAAACUCAAUUGAAUUCAUGAAAAUUAAUGUGUGUGACCAGAGCCCAGUCAUCCUUCAAUAUUCUCUUCCCACACCAGUACGCCAAGAGCCAGUUGAUGGAACAGUCUUUCUCAAUAUCGACCUCUACA